UUUAUAUAUACGCGUUUGUCGGUGCGGUUACCGUUGGGGCUUUUUAGCACGGGCUGGUGUGUUAAUUUGUGCAAGCAAAAUGCAAAAUAUUAAUACAAUUCUGAACAAAUUAAUUAUUUAAAUACUGUGCGAAAACGUCAAGUUCAUUAAAUGUAUUUAAUGUAUAGCAAAUCUAUCGAUUUUUAGAAACGGAGUUGCAAACUAGCGGUGUGUCUGUGUUGGUGUGUUUGUAUGCUUAUGCGUAUGUGUAUGUAAACUUACAUACAUUUGUAUGUAUAUUCUUAUGUACUAAUAGAAAACUCCAGCCAUUAAGAAAAACAGCAACGGUCCACAGCAAAAAUGUCUGCGACGGCUGCCAAUUUUUUGGGGAUGGACCUUAUCUCAUCGCUGCCAAGUGAUGUACGCGAAAAGCUGGCUGAAUUGGACUUGGAGUUAUCUGAAGGCGACAUAACACAGAAAGGAUAUGAAAAGAAACGGGCCAAAUUAUUGCAACCCUAUCUCAAGAAACAGGAAUUAAACGAUGUGGAAAAGGCAAAGAACUUGCCGCCACCGCCAUAUUAUAACAUAAAAGAUAGCAACAAUAGCAACAACAGCAACAAUAGCAACGUCAACAGCGAUGGCGUCAUCAUUUCCAGCGAAGGCUAUAGCUAUGUGACUGAAGUACCAUCAUUACCCUCAUCACAACAAAGGCAUUCCAAAAAGUCUGACUUUCACCAGCCCAGCUCAGCCAUAUCAUCGUCAUCGUCGUCGGCCACGCCUCAGGGCGGUGGUGGUGGUGCACCUGGCUAUGAGAAUAUGCGACCGCAAGGCGGCGCCGUUGGCGAUCCCGGCUAUCAGAAUACCCGCGAACCGAACACCUUCCAGAACCAUGGUGCACAUCCGCCAUCGAACAGUAGCCAGCAUCGACAGCGGCGCACACAACGUAAAGUAACGCACAAUGAGAAACGAUAUCAUUCCGAGGUGCGCCAGGAAGCUGUACAACAGGCACUGGCUGCGCUCAAGAGUCGACCCAAGCCCAGCCUGCCCAUGCCCUCCAAGCGCAGCUCUGUGCUCAAUCGGAGUCCCGGCUGUAACGAUGAAUUGGAUUCAUCCAGUGAUGACGAAUCGAUACCCGAGGAGCUCAUUUCACCCGACAAGGAAUACAAUUAUCCGCGUGAUCAUAUAAGCAACAGUAUGCUGCCGCCCGAGCCAAUUAUAAAGCCACCAAUACGUGAAUCAUCCAUAAUCGCACAACAACAGCAUUUACGGCACGAUGUCAAGCAAUCUCAAGCGCCGAUCCAGAAGUAUCCAUCGUCGGGCAGCGAGAGACGGCCACCGCAGAAUCUACCGCCUCUGCCCACAUCGGACACUUCGAGCACAGACUCCCCACCCAUUGGAUAUAAAAGAGAUCAUGAGUUCACUGACAAGGCAUAUAAACAGAAGCAUUUAAACGCACCCGACAUUACCCAGUUCAACAACGCACAUCGCAUCGCUGAUCGCGUCACACGUUAUGUCAACGUCUCUCAGACGGAGCUAAAUGAAACUGAUGCGAAUGGCAAAUGGAAAGUUUCGGCCAAGAUUCAACAAUUGUUGAACACUUUGAAGCGACCCAAGCGACGGCCCUUGCCCGAGUUCUACGAGGACAAUGAUAUUGAGCUUGAGAUUGCGGCCAAUCCCAAGGAUCCGAAUGCACCCAAGCCAGAGGGCAGCACCAUGACACCAGUGCAAGGCGAACAGCUCUCGAUACCAGCUGGCUUGCCACGCACAUUGGAGUGCGCACUGCAGCGAUAUGGCAUAAAUUCCUUCAAGAGCUCCAUGGCCACCGUCUUAGAUCCGAAUGGUAAAAUAACCACGACCCUGACCUAUGGCAAACUAUACUCGCGUGCCCAAAAGAUCGCCUAUGCGCUGUCCACCAAAAUCUUUAGCAAAGGACCCGAACAAGUCACUCUAAAGCCUGGCGAUCGCGUGGCUCUGGUCUAUCCAAACAAUGAUCCCUUGAGCUUCAUAACGGCCUGGUAUGGAUGCAUGUUUCGGGGCUUGGUGCCGUUGCCCAUUGAAUUGCCGCUCUCGAGCUCGGACACGCCCCCACAGCAAGUGGGAUUCUUGCUGAGUUCAUGCGGCAUCACCGUGGCCCUAACAUCGGAGGCCUGCCUCAAGGGACUGCCCAAGUCGGCAACGGGCGAGAUAGCCAAACUGAAGGGCUGGCCACGCCUACAAUGGUUCGUCACCGAGCACUUGCCCAAGCCACCCAAAGACUUUAAUGUGGGCAAUUUGCGUAUUGAAGAAACGGCUGCGGCGUAUAUUGAGUAUACGACUGAUAAAGAGGGCAGCGUAAUGGGCAUUACUGUUACCCGUGCUGCCAUGAUCAAUCAUUGUCGUGCCCUGACUAUGGCCUGCCAUUACACAGAGGGCGAGACCAUUGUCUGCGUGCUGGACUUUAAACGCGAGGUCGGCCUGUGGCAUGCCGUUCUCACAUCUGUGCUGAAUGGCAUGCAUGUGGUAUUCAUUCCGUAUGCUCUGAUGAAGCUGCGACCAUCGUCGUGGAUGCAGCUGAUUACGAAACAUCGUGCGUCUUGCUGCCUGGUCAAGAGCCGAGAUCUGCACUGGGGUUUGCUGGCGACCAAGGAUCAUAAGGACAUCUCAUUGGCUUCGCUGCGUAUGCUGCUCGUUGCCGAUGGCGCCAAUCCGUGGUCGUUGUCCUCGUGCGAUCAGUUCUUAAAUGUAUUCCAAGCGAAAGGCCUGCGAUCGGACGCCAUUUGCCCCUGUGCCAGCAGCUCCGAGGUCUUCACGGUCUCGCUGCGUCGACCGGGUCGGUCGUCUACAACGGGCUUCUGCCAAUCGGCGACUGGACGCGGCGUCUUAUCCAUGGCCGCACUCUCGCAUGGCGUGGUGCGUGUAGACAGCGAAGAUUCGUUGACUUCGCUCACACUGCAGGACUGCGGGCAGGUGAUGCCAGGCGCCCAAAUGGUGGUCGUUCGCUCCGAGGGCGCCCCAGUGCUCUGCAAAACGGAUCAGGUGGGGGAGAUAUGUGUGACGAGUGGCUCAACGGGUGCCAGUUACUUUGGACUUGAUGGCAUGACGAAUUCGACAUUUAAAGUGCAACCCCUGCUGGAGGAUCCAGAGCAGCCGAAGGAGACGGGCGGCACAAUUGUGAGCAGCCCCAAGCCACUUAGCGAAGAGUAUUAUGUACGCUCCGGUCUCUUGGGCUUCCUGGGACCCGGCGGCUUGGUGUUCGUGUGCGGCUCACGUGACGGCCUGAUGACGGUGACCGGGCGCAAGCACAACGCAGAUGACAUCAUUGCCACGGUGCUGGCCGUCGAGCCCAUGCGCUUCAUCUAUCGCGGACGCAUUGCUGUGUUCAGCAUCAAAGUGCUGCGCGAUGAGCGUGUCUGUGUCAUAGCCGAGCAGCGGCCCGACUGCUCCGAGGAGGAGAGCUUCCAGUGGAUGUCGCGCGUGCUGCAGGCAGUCGAUUCCAUACAUCAGGUGGGCAUCUAUUGUCUGGCCCUGGUGCCGCCCAAUCAUUUGCCAAAGACCCCGCUGGGCGGCAUACAUCUGUGUGAGGCGAGGCGUCGCUUCCUGGAGGGUUCGCUCCAUCCGGCAAAUGUCCUGAUGUGUCCGCACACAUGCGUCACCAAUCUACCAAAGCCACGAGAAAUGCAUCAAGACACGGGCGUAGGACCCGCCUCGGUCAUGGUUGGAAAUUUAGUGCAGGGCAAUCGUUUGGCUGUUGCACACGGACGCGACGUGGGCAUGGCUGAGGACGGUGAGCGUAAGCCCCAAUUGAUAACAGGCGUAUUGCGUUGGCGCGCCAACACCUCGCCGGAUCACAUCAUAUUCACGUUGCUCAAUUCCAAGGGCGCUAUAGCCAAGACGCUGACCUGCUCCGAGCUGCAUAAGCGAGCUGAAAAGAUUGCUGCACUGCUGCAAGAGCGUGGCAAGAUUGAGCCAGGUGAUCAUGUUGCGCUCAUAUUUCCACCUGGCUUGGAUUUGCUCUGCGCCUUCUAUGGCUGCCUUUAUCUGGGCGCAAUACCUAUAACAAUACGGCCGCCGCAUCCACAGAAUUUGAUAACAACGUUGCCCACUGUGCGCAUGAUUGUCGAUGUAUCCAAGAGUGGCAUUGUGCUCUCCAUACAGCCGAUUAUUAAGUUACUAAAAUCGAGGGAGGCGGCCUCGUCCAUCGAUCCGAAGACCUGGCCACCCAUACUCGACAUCGAUGAUAAUCCAAAGCGUAAAUUGGCCGGCAUAGCCACAGUCUCGCUGGACUCCAGCGCCUACUUAGAUUUCAGUGUAUCGACAUGCGGUCGUUUAAGUGGCGUCAAUAUAACUCAUCGAUCUCUGUCUAGUCUGUGCGCCAGUUUAAAACUGGCCUGUGAGCUGUAUCCAUCGCGGCAUGUCGCCCUGUGUCUGGAUCCCUACUGUGGCCUUGGCUUUGUCAUGUGGACUCUGAUAGGUGUGUACAGUGGCCACCACUCCAUAUUGAUUGCCCCCUACGAGGUGGAGGCCAAUCCCAGUUUGUGGCUCUCGACGCUGUCGCAGCAUCGCGUACGCGACACAUUCUGCUCGUAUGGUGUCAUUGAGCUGUGCACCAAGGCUUUGAGCAAUUCGGUGCCGUCGCUCAAGCAGCGCAAUGUGGAUCUGAGAUGUGUGCGCACCUGCGUCGUUGUGGGCGAGGAGCGUCCGCGCGUGACACUGACCCAGCAGUUUUGCAAACUGUUCCAGGGCCUCGGGCUGAACACACGCUGUGUCUCCACUUCCUUUGGCUGUCGCGUUAACCCGGCCAUAUGCGUUCAGGGCGCCAGCUCGGCUGAGAGCGCACAGGUGUAUGUGGACCUUAGGGCGCUGCGCAACAAUCGCGUGGCAUUGGUGGAACGAGGUGCGCCCAAUUCGUUGUGUCUAAUCGAAUCCGGCAAGCUGCUGCCUGGCGUCAAAGUGAUCAUAGCAAAUCCGGAAACUAAGGGCCACUGUGGCGAUUCACAUUUAGGUGAAAUUUGGGUGCAAUCUCCGCACAAUGCCAACGGCUACUUUACUAUCUAUGGCGAUGAGACCGACUACAAUGAUCAUUUCAAUGCCAAGCUGGUCACGGGCGCCACCUCUGAGGUGUAUGCCCGCACCGGCUACUUGGGCUUCUUGCGGCGCACCGAAUGCUCGCAGGCAGCCUCCAUAUUGGAUGAGACCACGCCGAGCGUAGCAAGUCGUGACAGUGAUACAGAGUCAUUGAACUCCAUGAGUCAAUUGCAGUUGAACUUUUCAAAUACUUCGCUGGGCGGCAAUUCGGAGCACAGCCUGGUGGGUGGCGCAGUUAACUCCAGUGAUCAGGAAUUGCACGAUGCGGUUUAUGUGGUUGGCGCUCUGGACGAAGUGAUUUCGUUGCGCGGCAUGAACUAUCAUCCCAUAGAUAUUGAGAAUUCGGUAUUGCGCUGUCAUAAGAAAAUUGCUGAAUGCGCCGUCUUCACUUGGACCAAUUUGUUGGUUGUUGUUGUUGAGCUGGAUGGCAACGAAUCGGAAGCGCUGGAUUUGGUGCCCUUAGUCACAAACACGGUGCUGGAAGAGCACCAACUCAUAGUGGGCGUCGUUGUAGUCGUAGAUCCGGGUGUUGUGCCCAUUAACAGCCGUGGAGAGAAGCAACGCAUGCAUUUACGGGAUGGUUUUCUGGCCGAUCAAUUGGAUCCCAUUUACGUUGCAUACAAUAUGUAAAUAGUAUUAUAGCGCUAAGCCCGGCGCCAUCCAAAAGUAUGACACACAAAUAUUUAUUCAUCAUCAUAUAAUGAAUUUUCCUCGUAAUCAUGAAAAACACAUAAGAAAACAGAGCAAAAAAAACAAAAAAGAAAAACCAAACACGAACACAAUUAGAUUUGCAUGAUUUAGAAGUAUUUGACAUCGAUAAAGCAGAAACAAAAAUAACCGUAACGAAAUUGCUUCAUCCUUAAAGACGACAUUACAUCAUAGUUAAUACAUUUAUCACACUGACUCUCUCUCUUUAUCCAAGAUCCCCUAAACCUAAUGACACUUUAUGUAUAAAAGUGACGACAAGCAAGAAAACACAAUAUUAACAACUUUCUUUAUGAAAUGCAAUAAACAAUUUAUAUAAAUAAACAAA